AUCUGAGCAACGCAGCUAAAUAAGCUGGAAUUUGUAUCCAUUUCAAGUCGGCUGCGCUUUCAGAAACGCACAGAAGCAGGGCACUCUCUUAUUCCAAGUUAAAGAUAAAAUCAGCGCUAAUAAUUCCAACCCACAUUUUCUCGUUCGUUUUUUAGCAAAUCCCACAACAAGAAGACAGUUUUUCUUUUCGAAUCUCUCCUUUUUUGGCAGAUCCGAGCUGCUUCUGCAUUUCAGCUUCUGGGUUUCUGCACAAUUCAGGUUCUGUUGGUGCACAGUUUGGAGUGCAGAUUCUGUGCUAUUUCCUUAUUGGCAGCUACCGUCACUUUCCUUUUCUUUGUGGAAAGGGGAUGUGGAGUUUAUAUGAUUGGUGUCUAGUGUUUUUUUAGUGAUCUUGAGAUGAGCCGGUCACCAUCAUUUUCUCUGAAGUCAGAGCCUGCACCAGAAGUUGACGAAAAAUCUUUGCAGCAAUGGGUGGCUGCAUUUUGCAUCAUCAGGUUUGAUCUUGAGCAGGGUCAGCUAAUUGAGGAGUGUUAUCCUCCUGGCUGUCUUACCCAAAGUGAGGAGCUUGAAGUCUCUUUUAAUUCUUUCCCGGAUUCAGUUUCACAGCAUCAUAAUCGCUCAAGUAUCCAUGAUUGUAUAUUCUUUUUCCGCACAAAGAGAGCGAGAAACCUUCAAGCUUCGAGUGUAGCAUCUACAGAGAUCGUUGAAGUAGUAGAUAAUAAAAUAUCUCCCCAGAAGCCAAUAGGUAAGAACCACAUCAGCUAUAACUCCCGAUUCUUGUAUGGCUUUGUGUUUAAUAGACAGAGACAUGAUGAGAGACUAAAGCGUGGAGGUGAGCAAAAAUCUGUGGUUAUUCUUUCUUACAGUCCAUACACGAGUGUGUUUAGACCUUUAUUACAAAUUAUGGGGCCAUUGUACUUUGACAUUGGAAGCAAGGCACUUAAUUACAUUGCUGCUUAUGUAUCGAAGUGGCCAACACCUGUGCCUGGUCAACUAAUGGAACUUCCUAUUGGGAAUGCAUCACUAAAAGUGAAUCUGCCACCUUCUCAUUGUUUGACUUCAAAUAGUGGACUUUUCGAGGACUCUGCUUCCUCACUUGCUCCUCUUCUCCCCUCAAAUCUAUCAGUUCCUCAGGGCCUAUUUCACGACUCAGAUCUUUUUGGUACAUUUCGUGGACUCUUACUGCAACUUUGGAAGCUGUGGGAACUUCUACUUUUGGGGGAACCCAUCUUAAUAAUAGCACCAACACCUCCCCAGUGUUCUGAAGCUGUUUCUGGUCUAGUUAGCUUGGUUGCCCCACUUCUUUUGAGUGUUGAUUUCAGACCCUACUUUACCAUUCAUGACCCAGAAUUUGCCAGUUUGAACUCUCUUCCUCAGGGUUCCUCUUUUCCUCCAAUGAUUCUAGGUGUGACAAACCUUUUCUUCUUAAAGGCACUGCGUAAUAUGCCUCACAUAAUUUCAGUUGGAAAUCCCGCUUCAAAUUCUAGUCGCCAUCCUUUUGGUUCUAAGACAGCUGCAGGAACUCCGCCUGGUCAAAAUGUUUCUUUGAAGAGGUUUACCCCUGCAAACUUCUUGAAUGCUGUGAAGCUGAAGAGAGAUGGUCCUCUGUGUCUAAUGACAGAGCACAAAGAAGCUGUAUGGACGAAUUAUGCUGGAGUGACAAAGCCAGAUACAUCUAUCCUGAACAGACUUAUUGAUGCUGGACUGUCUCCCAGGGUUGAGGAGUCGAUGUCGGUUGUCAACAAUGAUAUACUACGUCGCCAUUUUUUGGAGUUGACGACUAACUUCUUGGCUCCUUUUGGUCCAUAUUUUAGACCAAGUACACCUUCAGAAACAUCGUCCCCAUUUGCCGAUCCCCCUCCUUUACCCACAUUCAAUGCUGAGGAGUUCUUGGAGAGUUUGUCUGCAAGAGGUCCUGGAAAGUUUUUGUUGAAACGGAUGAAGUCAAAUUGGCUGGAUCUUUACAGGCAGUUUCUAAAAGGGUAUAAUUUUCUCCCUUGGUUCCGAAGAAAACGUGCUGUUGCUGAGCAAGAACAAUAUAAAUUGUGGAGGCAAGCUAGAGUCAAGACCAAUAUACAUCAGUUAAUAAGUAAAAUGUCAGAGUUGGAAACUGUUGAUUCCUUCAAUGCAAUUGAGAGGCACCUUUAUGGAGAAAUGCAGUAUGGAAGAGAAAAUGAAGAUUCAGAAGCAGUCUGUAACAAGUUAAAGAAAGAUCUACAAAUAGUUUUCAAUAUGCUACCCAAAGACAUGCAGCAGCUUCUGAUUAUGAACCCAGAUAGGGCAUCUCUUCUACAAGAAACCCAUGAGAACUCUGGGCUUCCUGAACAUACUCAUCCAUCAGACGGUGUUUUGUCCUCCGUGUCAUCAAGAUGACACGCAAUCCAUAGUCCCAAGUCUCAUAAUGCCACUUUAUCUGUGCUUGACCCAGUUUACAUGCAGAAUGUUGGAUGUGCAAUUCACAAAUCUAAAAUCUUAUACCUCGCUCUGUUACUGGUAUUGCGCAAAUUAUUGACGCUCUGUUCGAUGAGACUGAGGCAAAAAUCUCAAGAAAUACUGUUCAAGGCCACAAAAUUCUGAAAAAGAGCUGGUUUUAACAGGUUAGAUGAUGAGAGAAAGAACUUUGUGAAUUCAUAUGUCUGAUUAUUAGCUCCAGUCUCGAUUGGAUGUUAUAUGGAUUCUUAUUCUACCCAGUCUCCCAUUGUGAUUCUAAUGUACCUUUGAGGUUUGAGAUCUAAUUUACUCCUGGAGUAGGGUUUAUUUAGGCUA